UCCUCCGUCCCAGGCACAGUGAAGGAAAGAUGGCGGCCGGAGCCGAAGCGGCCAGUAGCGGCGGCCGCAGCAGCAGCAGCUCCUCGGCAGCCCUGGAGGCGAGUCUGGACCGUCGAUUUCAGGGAGUUACGAACACCAUGGAGUCCAUUCAGAGCUUAUCCUCCUGGUGCCUCGAGAAUAAGAAGCACCACAGGGUCGUAGUGCGCUACUGGAUGAAGUGGCUCAAAAAAUCGGAUGCUAAUCACAGGCUGAAUCUCUUCUACCUCGCUAAUGAUGUCAUUCAGAAUUGCAAGAGGAAAAACGCCAUCGUUUACCGCGGCGCGUUCGCUGAAGUCCUUCCCAAUGCCGCCCUGCUGGUCAGGGAUGCUAAAGUGCGUAAGUCAGUGGAGAGAAUCUUCAACAUUUGGCAGGAGCGGAGUGUUUAUCCAGAGGAGCUGAUCACCGAGCUGAAGGCAAAUCUGCAGAAAAAAGAGACCACGCCCCCUGCAGUUACACCUAAAGCUGCCCUCAAGUCCAAGAUUGUAGCUGAGUUUGCACCUCAGGCGUUCAUCGAUCGCCUCUCUGCGUACAAACGUGGUCUAGAGGAGAGUGAGCUGAAAGAGAAACAACUCGCCGCUCUCCGAGUCGACGUCUGCAGCACCGAAGCUCUCAAACAACUCAAAGAUAAAGCAGGAGGAAAUAAAUUCUCAAAGGAUUUUGAGGAAGGCAGCAUGAAGCUGCAGGAGAUUGUGCAGUUUCUGGAGGGACAGAGAGAGGCAGGGCCGGCGCUGCUGGAGGCUCUGGGGAACGCUGAUAUAUUUUACGAAAUGCAGUACAAAGAGGUCAAAAUCGUCGCUAAUGCAUACAAGACAUUUGCGAACCGCGUUCUGAAUCUGAAACGCAAGCUGGACGCUCUGAAAGCCACGCUACCUGAUGCUGAGUCUCCGGUUCCCUCACCCUCCGAGGACGCGCCCUCGCCCUCCGGCUCCGAAUCACCCUUUCCUGGAUUGGGACGCAACCAACGAACAAAAGAAGAGAAAGACAACAGAGAUGUGGAGGACAUGGACAUGUCUGACGAGGAGACUGCAAACGCCACAAGCAUUAUUGUUGAAGACAAAAAGGAAAAAGUGAUUCCGUCUGUAAUUUCCAAAGCCACCAAUGCAACAGCAGCCAAGUCCCCGACUUUAACCCCUUCCACAAAAACGACGCCCGAGCCUGCAGCCACGGUUCAGACGGUAUCCUCGUCUCCGGUGACCACGCCUACUAGUACUCUCAGCCCCGCCCCUUUAAAUCUGGCCAAUGUGGAUCUGGGGAAGAUCAGCUCCAUUUUGAACAGCAUCACUAAUGCCAUGAAGAACACAGGUGUGAGUCCCGUGUCCCGCCCUUCUCCGGGAACUCCCACUACACAGCCAGGCCACACCCCCACAACAAAAACCACACCCACUGUUGGAACUGUGGCGCCCAAUCCGCUGGCCAGCAUCCUGUCGAGAGUGGAUAUAUCGCCAGAGGGAAUCCUUAAUGCACUCACAAAGACACACACACAUCCUGGUUUGUCUUCUCUGCUCUCCUCCGCCCGCACUGGCUCUCUCACCUCCCCAAACUCUGUCCCCUCUUCUUCUGCUGUCACCACGGCGACAGUAACGGCGACAGUAACGACAACAACCACCACUCCAACAGCACCAACCACCCCGAAGACCCCGAAAGCUUCCGAAAACAACAGCUUGUGCCAUGAGUCGGAGCGAGAGAGAGUAAUGGAGUGGGAGAGAGACAGGGAGAAAGAGAGGGAGAAAGACAGACAGGAAGUCGUGAUGCCGAGCUUGGAGUCAAAAAUCAACAACUUCCUGCAGGUGAAUCCUGGAUUUGCAGGUGUGUUUGAGGCGGAAAGUAACAGCCCACUGCUUGUGGGUGGAGACGCCACGCCGGUUCGAGACGAAAGAGGCGGGACUCCGACACAGGACGAAAUAGUUGACAGCCCUUGUGUUAUGGGCCACAAAGCCCACGUUUCAUCGUGGGGCGCCGAAGACGACCGGAAAGACAGAGACUACCGAACCCUCACGGGAAAGCUCGCGGUGAAAAACAAAGAGCAAGAAAUGGGGAAGAGAAGGAAUGAGUCAUCCCCUGGCCACGCCCCCUCUUCAUCUUCCACUUUGUCUUCCUUCUCUGUGCAGGAAGUUCCCACGAAAGCUAAAACAGAAGGGAGAAGAGCGAGUGUAGGAUCUCAGAGAGAAAAAGGCAAGGACGAAAAAGGAGGGAAAAAGGCAGCAAAGAAACAGGAAGCGAUGGCUGGAGACAAGGAACGCUAUCAUCGCAUCGAAACCGUGGUUACUGCGGCAACCAGCGACGAAGCCGCGACCAUAGAUCCGCUCGGCUACAGCAACCGCAUCCAGACAGUUGAGAGCAUUCGCGUGAUUGGUCGAGGUCCCAGAAGGUCCAGUGGUGCGACCAGAGGGGGUGGGGUGUGGUAUGAAGAGGCGGAGUUUAUGGAAGCCCCACCUCUGCCUCACCCUGGAAAUCAUGGCCCCGAGAGUUCUGGAGACCUCGCCACAUCUGCCCAAGCUCAUAUGGUAGUUUCCCAGGGGCAGUACUCAUCACCACCACCCCCUCCGUUCUUCCCUCCUUCUCAAACCCCGGCCCCUCCAGUUGUCCCGCCUCCUCACAUUGUCCCGCCCACUCCACCUCCCUUGACCCCUUCUAGGGACUUCCCUCACUCCCCUACUACUUCUGCUGUGAUGGUGGGUGGCAUCCUGGUCCCCAUUGACCGAGUUUUACCCCUGCCACCUGCCAAUCUGCGUCCUGAGGCUGUGGCAGCCCAUGGGGGCGGGGCUAUCACUUCAAACAAUUCUAGGGGUAAAUCUCAUUCCAUGCGCCCCCUUCACCGCCCACUAUUGGGGCAAAGCCCGACCUCGCCUUCACCCACCACUCCAACCACUCCCACAACCCCUCCCCUCUCCAGAGAGCCCCGGCCGCUUUUGCCUUCCCCACCACGACCUCUUCUGCGCUUGCCUUCGCAGAGGCUUCCGUUGCCCCUCCCCCUUCCCCGAGAGUCCUUGUUGCCAGGUGCGAAGCGGCCUGCCCCUGGCUACCGAGGUGCAUCCUUACACGCUCCUAAACGACCGUUUUUGCCUCCUCGCUAUUAAGGG